UGUGACGCUGACUUUUAUUUGCCAACUGGUUUCUGAAGCACCAGAGAAACAUGGCGGCCGAGAUCUCGCUGCCCCGUCCAUUCGCAUCCGCUGCGAGGAGGGCAGGUGCAGAGCGACGCGGCCCUGCCCCGGGGCUGUGAGGGGGGCUUUGCCUCUCUUCCCCUUCGAGCCCGGCACGCGGCGAGUCUCGCGCCGCAGCGUGACCCCGGCAGAGGGUGCUGCAGGGAGGGCAGUGCGCGCACCUGUCCCGGCCCGGGACUCUCCCUCUGUGACUGUCCUGUGCGCGCACGCUGCGCCGGUGGGCGGCGUUGAAGGGGCACGUCCAGCUAAGCAAAGAGAAGCCGCGCGGCGAUGAAGCAGAAGUUCCGUACAACACGUAGGGCGCCCCUGUGAAGAAACUGCAUUUACGGGAAAAGCAGGACUUGUGGCACCUUCCAGACUAACCAAUUUAAAUGCUCAAAUAAAUUGGUUAGCCUCGAAGGUGCCACAAGCCUCCUUUUCUUUUUGCGGAGACGGACGGACGCGGCUGCUGCUGCUCUGAAACCUGGAUUUACAGGUUCUGACAUCAAUUUGGCGGGAAUUCUCCAGAACCAGCGAAGGGGCUCCGGCUCCGCCUUCCGCGUGCUGGGCGCCUUCCCGCCUCCCUUUCGCGCGCCGUUCGCCAGCAGGUUGUUUCCCCGCAGCGUCCCGGCAUCGGCCGCGACGCUCCGGGAAGUCCGUGGGAGGGACGCGGCCGCUUGCCGCCGGCUGCUGUUAACGUCGGCGCCCCGGGCCCGGCAGAGAGCGGCGCGCGCGCGGCACUAGGGCCCCAGAGCCGCCAACGGAUCUCUCGGCUUCAGGGCGCCGCCCAGACCUGAGCGGGCGGCCGCUCUUCCCUCCCAGCUCCUCUCUAUGGUCGCAGGUCCCAGUUCCCGCCGCCCACUCCCGUUAGUCACGUGGGCAGCGGUUUCCGGCGGGGACUCGCCGUGGCUGGAGCGGGGAGGUGGCGGACGCUCGCCGCGUGGGUCGAGCUUCAAAAUGACUAAAAAGAGGAAACACCAAGAGGAUUUCCAAAAGGUGAAGCUAAAAGUUGGAAAAAAGAAGCCUAGACUAGAAAAUGCAACUGAUACAAACUUCAAAACGAAGGCCAUACAUCUUCCUGAACAGCUUAAAGAGGAUGGAAUACUUCCCACGAACAAUAGAAAACUUAACAUAAAGGAUCUGCUUUCACAGAUGCAUCACUAUAGUGCCGGAGUUAAGCAAAGUGCUCUUCUUGGGCUCAAAGAACUGCUGUCCCAGUAUCCAUUUAUAAUUGAUGCACACCUUUCAAAUAUACUAAGUGAGGUGGCAGCUGUAUUUACAGACAAGGACUCUGGUGUCAGAGUAGCAGCAAUCCGGCUCCUUCAAUUCUUGGCUCCAAAAAUCCGAGCUGAGCAGAUUGCUCCAUUUUUUCCUUUGGUAAGUGCCCACCUCUCCAGUGCCAUGACUCAUAUCAGUGAAGGAAUUCAGGAGGAUUCUUUAAAGGUCUUGGACAUCUUGUUGGAAGAGUACCCAGUCCUCCUUACUAAUCGCUGUAGUAUAUUGCUGAAGAAUUUUGUAGAGCUUAUUUCUCACCAGCAGUUGUCAAAAAACCUGAAAAGUAGAGAGAAAAUAUCCUGGAUGCUGUCUGUUAACCCUAACCGCAGAGUAACUUCACAGCAAUGGAGGCUGAAUGUACUGAUCAGAUUCAAGAAGUUUCUCCAAGCAUUGGUAGAUGGUUCCAGUGGAUCAGAAGAAGAUGAAGAGAUCCAGGAGCAAAAGGAGAACUCCCAGUUCAUGAGGAACUCAGUAUGUAUAAGCUGGAAGGAGCAUGCCAGUAAUCAGCAGCACAUCCAGCUAUAUGAAAAUGGUGGAUCACAACCAAGGAUCAAUUCAGCAUUCAGACUAAGGUCCCUGGUAAGCGUGACAGACAGAGUGGAAAAAGGCCUGUCCUCUGCUGAAAAUUUAAAAGGGUUUAUUGAGAUAAUAAUUCCAUUAUUGAUUGAGUGCUGGAUUGAAGCAUCUCCUGCACAACUUGCUGCUCCCAUUCUUGGAAAUCUUUUGGAACCUGAAUCUCAACAGCUAAUGCAACAAGUGCUUAGUAUCAUAUACUUGCUGUGGAAACUCACAAAGCAACAUGACGGAACACACAAAAUGGAGGCAUGGCUUCGAAUGAAUUACCUUGUUGAUUUCAAGCAUCACUUCAUGCGUCAUUUUCCUUAUUCUUUACAAGAAACAAUUAAGCACAAAAAGAGAGAUCCAUACAAAAGCACCAAGUACUGUAUGACAUCGUCAAACAGCGUAGACCAUCUUUUAUUGAAUUUAACCCUGUGUGACAUUAUGGUUUCACUGGCAAGUGCUUCAACACUUCAAAUGGAUUCUGACUGGCUGGGUAUGAUAAGAAAGUUUGUGACCGAAACCCUUCAGCAUGGCUGCAGAUUGAACUGCAAGCAGUUGAACAGAUUGCUUGGCGUGACAUGGAGACUAAUGCAAAUACAACGAAACAAAGUGGCAAUGGAGACUUUGAUAAAAGCAGUAUAUACACUGUACCAGCAGAGGAAUCUCCUCUUUCCUGUUCGUAUGUUGCUUUUGAAAUUUUUUAGCAGGGUUUAUCAGAAAGAAGAGUUGAGCGCUCAAAGAAUCAGGAGCCGAAGUAAAGUUUUAUCUCGUUGGCUGGCUGGCCUACCUCAGCAGCUUGCUCUCCUUGGUUCAAGAAAGCCUGAGCUUUCAAACCAGUUGAUUGAGACCAUUCAUUCUGCUGCAUCUCAUUCAAACAAGGAAUUGUUACAAAGUUUGCAAGCCACUGCUUCUCGAAUUUAUGAUCCACUAGAUGGCACUCUGGUUCUUCUUCCAGCAGAGUCACAGCAACGCUUAGUGCAGCUUGUAUACUUUCUACCAUGUCUACCAACUGACUUACUUUCUUCUCUAAGUCGCUGCUGCAUUAUGGGAAGAAUGUCUUCGGAUCUAGCUGCCACCCUCAUUGGGAUACUGCAUGUGAGAUCUUCCUUUGCUGGAUGGAAAUGCCAGGUGCAGGACAGUUCAGUGAACGAUGUGGACUACUUCAGCUUCUUGUUUUCGACACUUACAGGAUUCUCUAAAGAGGAGUUGACUAGCCUUCAGAGCAUUAGAGGAAAACCUCACAUUAGCCAGACACAGUUUUCAUCUGUCCAUCUCUACCUGACUGAUCUGGACCAAUUUUUACACCACUGGGCUGUGACAGAGGUGGUAUGUCGCAGCUUGUCCACUAUACCUUCACGAAGUCAGUGUUUUGACAUCCUCCAGAACGGUAUCUGUAAAUACCUGGAACUGACCAGAAAUGGGAUUGAGAAUCUCCUGGAACCAGGUUUGGCCACCCAGGAAGGAACUUCCUCCUCGGGACCAGUGUGUACCCAAUGCCACCACAAUCCGCCUUUUGAUUCCUCAUACUGUCCUUAUUUGGGACCCUUACACAUGUUCCCUGGACUCUGUCCAUUCCAACAGGUAAUCUUAUCACCAUUCUCUUCCAAGAUGUCAGUCUGAAACCACUGAGCCCAUAGAAAAAGGAGAAGAUGAGCUGGAUCUGCCAGUUCCACUGGGCUCUGUCAUGGUAGUCACCCAAUGAAGCAGUCACUCCAGCCUCUCCACCUCCCCCAGAUGAUUAUAGACAGUUUCAGGAGCUGUUAUGGAGAGGUGGAAGAACUCCAGAUCUCCCUAGAAGAGAUCCAGGACCCCCAGCAUAAGCUCCUGGAUAUCCUGCAACCUGCGGGCUCCAAUCAGGUUUGCACACCCAGUAAAUAAAGUUGUUAGAACUGACAAGGGUUGUGUGUCACACACUAGCUACCUGUGCCCCCCUCCAAGUGGUCAGAGAAGUGAUACUUUGUCCUCGCUAAAGGAGGGGAGUUCUUCUUAUCCACCCUGCUGCAAACUCCUCAGUGGUCCAGGUGGCCAUGCAAAGAUCCAGACAACACCUAAGGGCCAUCCCUGCAGAUAAGGAGGCCAAGUGUCUCAGCCUUCUGGGAAGGAAGAUGAUUACAUCUAUCAGCCUGCAGUUUAAAAUCUCAAACUAUCAAGCCUUUCUCACCAAAUAUAAUUUCCUGAAUUACUCUAAAUUUCUAGACUUUAGGGACAAGUUGCCCCGGGAGGACAGGGUUUAGUUUCAAACUCCUAUUGGUGGGGGCAAACUGCUGGCCAGAACCUCUUUAUAAGCUGCAGUCAAUGCAGCUGAUACAGCAUCAAGAGCAACGACAGCCACCACUGUGAUGUGACAGGAAUAAUGGCUGCACUCUUCGGGGUUUCCCCAGGGAUGUUCAAAACACUGUAUUACCUUUCUGUGAGACUCAUCUUUUCAAUGAGAAGAUGGACAAGUGUUUGCACGUGUUGAAAGACUCAAGGGCAACUCUCUGUUUCCUGGGCAUAUAUGCACUUGCCCCAAAGAAAAAAUACUUUUAACAACCCUAUAAACCAAGGCCCUUACCUCAAUCCUUCUAUCACCAGUGCUCCUAUGAGCCACCCUGCAAAUGACAGAAAAUGUAGAGGCCAAGAUACCCUGUGACUUCCACUUCAACCAUGGCUACUCAACCUCACAUUCCAGCCAAGGGAUGUUUUUGACAACUUUUAGAGAGUUGCAAACCAGUAUCAAUGGCAUCUCUACCUAAUUCUGAGAUCCAUUUGGGGGGACUCCUAGCAAAAUUUCCCCACAAUUGGGCAACAAUAAUAGACACAUGGGUGCUGGAUAUCAUCCGUUCUGGCUAUACCAUCAAGAUUCUCUACCCACCUCUUCCAAAACUCAUUUCUCUGUCCCUUUUCAAGGACCACUCUCAUGAAAGGCUCCUCCUUCAGGAGGUAUAGUCUCUUCUCCAACAGGGAGCAAUAUAGCAGGUACCCCCUCAAUAUUGGGGUUCUAGUUGAAAUAUUUCCCAAGAAGAAAGGAGGCUGGAGACCCAUUUUUGACCUGUGUCAACUCAAUGCUUUUAUUUGCCAACUGAAAUUCUGCAUGGUUACAUUGGCAUUGAUAAUACCAUCUGUCAAAAAAGGCUCAGGGUUCAUGGCUUUUGAUAUGAAAGGUGCAUACUUUCUUGUAGAAAUUCAUCCCUCCCGCAGAUGAUUCCUCAGGUUUGUGGUGGGCCCCCACCAAUACCAAUACAGGGUGCUCCCCUUGGGUUUAGCUGCAGCUCCCAGAGUUGUCACAAAAGUGUUCUCAGUAUUUGUAGCACAGCUCAGAUGAGGCGGCUCCUCCACCUUCCUGUACUUGGAAAACCAGCUUCUGACUGGCAGGUCUUGCCUGGAAGACUUAAUGACAACCUCGUCACUGCUCCACCUUCUAGCGUCUCUGGUAGUUUGCGCAAAUGUGGGGAAGUCUACACUGACUCCAAUGCAGACCAUAGAAUUUAUAGGAGCAACAUUGAAUCUAAUCAGGGUGAAGGCCUAUGUCCCCAUGGAUAGAUUUCAUGCCAGGGGUGCUCUGAUAGAUCUAGUUAUGCAUAGCCCUUGAACAUCAGUUCAGAUAUGCCUAACUCCCCUGGGCUAUAUAGUGUCAUGUAUUUAUGCAAUGCUAUUUGCUAGACUCCUCCUCCAUUGCCUAGAGACUUGGCUCCAAACAGUGUAUAGACGAAGCAAGCACAGCAUGAAUACUAUAGUGAUAAUUCCUUCCGCUCCGGUAUGGUGGAGUGACCCUGGACAUGUGUUCAUGGGAGUUCCGUUUCUAGCCCCCACACCCAACAAGACAAUAAUUACAGAUGCCUCUAUGAUGGGCUGGGGAGCCCACAUGGACAAUCACAUAGAGCAAGGCACUCUGACACCUUGGGAAGCCCAAAUGCAUAUCUUCUGGAACUGAGAGCUGUACGAGAAGGUUGCAAAACAUUCCUGGUAUUCAUACUAUCCCAUCCCAUCCUGAUAAUGUUGGAAAACAUAACUGCCCAUUUCUAUAUAAACCAGCAGGCAGGUGCAUGCUCUGUCCCCCUCUGCAUGGAAGUGGUGUAUACAGAGCCACAUCGCCCUAUUGGCACUGUACUUCCCAGGUACCCAGAAUUCACUGGCAGGCAGCCUCAGCGGACAUUUCACCAUCAACAUGAGUGGCAAUUACAUGAUUCAGUAGUAAACAGCAUUGUCACUCAUUGGGGAACCCCCACUUAGGACCUAUUUGCCUCGUAGACAAAUGGGAAGUGCAACAUAUAUAGCUCCAAGGGAGCUCAAGGUCAGUACUCCGGGGCGAUGCUCAUUUCCUACCUUGGACUGAUCACUUCAGUUAUGCCUUCCCUGUCAGCCCACUACUACGUCAGGGUCUGCAGAAGAUUUGACUAUACAAGGCACAUUGCUCCCAGAUGGCCCAGACAGUUCUGAUUACCAAGCCUCCUACAAAUGUCGUCCCUUCUGCCCAUCAGCAUUUGGACCUUUCCGGAUCUUUUGAUCCAGAAAAAUGGUAGGGUUAGGAAUCCCAACUCUGAUACUCUUUAUCUCACAGCUUGGUAUAUGGAUGGAUGUUGAACCAAUAAUGUUCCUGCCUUGAAGCUGUGCAAAACAUACUUCACCAGAAAAUGUUACCUAGCCAAAUGGAAAAAUUUCUCUGCCUGGGCCCAGUAAAACCAUGUAUCUUCAGAGACAGUCCAAAACAGCGGGAAUAUCUGUUAUCUUCUUACUCUUAAAAUGGCAGGCCCUUCCCGUAGCUCACUGUGGGUUGACCUGAUGGCGAUUAGCACGUGUUAUUCACCAUCAGAUGGUACUCAGUCUCUCCCUACUGCCAAUUUGGUUCAGUCACCCCUUUGAGUGAGUGGUGUUGCGACCUGUUGCACAGGGUUACCACACCACUCAAAUUUGGCCUGGCCGCCCCUCCAUCUGGCAUAACAGAGGGGCACCCGGGCCAUAUUUGAGUGGCAUUGAGACUCCAUGUUGCAAUGCCAUUAUUAGAAGACUCGCCGCUCCUCCCUUAGAAAGUUUGACGAGGGGCACACCUCUCAGUUGAGACCCCUGCUUUCUGAGCAAAGAAUUAAAUGCAUUAAAACAAGCUAAAACAAAAGUGGCAUUAAUUUACAAAUCCUGUCUAUAAAAUAAGAUGAUUUUGAUAAAACGCAGAGAGAUGGGGUGGUUUGUUUACACGGCUCAGCAGGAAAGAGACAUAAAAGAUGUUUUGGUUUUGGCAAACAACAAACUUUAUUUUAUAUUCAGUUCUCAGAUCGCUGACUCUGAAAGUAGAUUUAAAAGGGGAGUUGAAUAAUCAUCCCAUCUACUGCAUAUGCCCCAAAGUACCCUUAACUGGUUUUCUCUGUGAAGAUACUAACAAAGGAUCAACUCCUGCAACACAACGGAGCAUCAAGUUAAACUUCAUGAGUAGUGUUAACAAAGCCAAUGAUUAGCGUAAAAAUAGUAGUCACUAUGCCAAAAGAAAGAAGAUACGGUCCAGAUACAUUACUAGGACUUCUGGGUGAUUUUAAUCUAGCUAACUUCAGUAUUAGAGUGUCUCAAGUGCCAGGAUUGGAAAUCUGCUAAAUAGGUUUAACAGCUGAAAUCAUCAUGAGAAUGAGAACAAAGACACCUGGAGCAUUCAUGAUCAAAUAAGAUGGCAUUUAUUUAGAAAAGUUAUUGUCCUUUACAAAAUGCCAAUGGAAGAGCAACCGAAUGGGGUGUGUUUCCUUUUAACUACAGCAGACAGCAAGCAGAAAUGACUGCUAGGUAGCCUGUCCCUUUUUUAUACCCUUGUUUAGGGGCAUAAGGAGUUAGGAAGCCUAGAUGCAGACACUGCAAAGCAGGAAAUGUCAAUUUCAGGUGUAUUGAGGCAUUUACCAGGAGUGGGGAUCCACACAGAUAAUGCUUGAAGAAUGGAUUCUUUCUGUACAAAAUGCUUUAUUCUGAAAUAUUCUCCUUCAAAUCAGUAGGUAAAUAUCAGUUUUAGCUAAUCAUGCAUCUCUAUAUCUGGGAAGUGAUCAGAUAAUUUCUUGACUGAGUCUUUUGGCACUUAAGAGAUUUCAAGAAUAUUUUACUGCAUACACCUGAAUAUCUGUGUUCAAUACAUCUGAUAGAUAAUUUAACAUCCUGACUCUCAAUGUGUAUAGAAGACAGUUAUUCAUAGAUUCUAAGGCCAGAGGGUCCAUUAUGACCCCUCGAAUAACACAAACCAUAGAUUAUCACCCUAUUUCUGCAUCAAGCCCAUCACUUCAUGAGUAGUGUUUGCUCGGAAAGAAUUAACCCUGUAAUGUUCCAACAAGAACGUUUGUCCUCCUUUAUUGUAAAUGAAGUAUUCCUACUAGAAAUUUGAAAUUUUUUUAUGCUUUUCACCCACCUACUGACCAAUCACACCCACAAAUCAUAUUCUGUAUUUCCAUAGUAAAAUUAUUAACAAAGCUAGAUGGACUAAAAAUUUUUACCUGUUUUCAAAACUGGAAAUACAAACAUGCCACCUCAUAAGUGAAUCGCCAGCUGGUUGCUUGAAAACUAGAACUGUUUGUUGCAAGCUUGACUAGUCUAAAACUGGUUUUAUAUUCAGAUAAACAAUGCUUCAUUAGUAUUGAUGACCAGUGUGUGAAUCUUAUCAAAGAUUUUUUAAAUGGCCAAAUACAGUAGAACAAAGAUUCUAGCACCAGAAUGGCAUUUCAGAACUCAAAUAUCUUUUUAAUUGUCCACGUCUAUGAAAAAAAAAAAGAUUGGAAAAUUGUGGUUUUCAGCCUUCUGUUUAUCUGCUCUGCCUAUGCCAAUCCUUGCUUAUGUUCAUGAUGAUAUACUCUCAGUAUUACAGUGCGGGAAUGAUUGGUUCAGGAAACUGUGGGCUCACUGUACAAUAUUCUUCAUCAGUUUUAAUUUUACUCAUGGCGCCAAUGCAGUAAAGCACUUAAGUACAUGCUUAACUUUAAGCAGGUGAGUAGUCCCAUUGCUUAUCCACUAGAUCCCUUCCUUUUUUAAAAAGACCAACCAAAGGGUGUCACCCUAUCCCUGUGACCCUUCAUUCCAGUUUCAAGUGGUGGGAGGGCUGUUCUCUGUCCCAUGAUAUAAUCUGGAAAGGAGGGAAGGCACACAGCCUGUUCCGUCUAGACUGCUCUUCUUGCGUAUGCCUUCGCAUCCUUUGGAGCAAGGCUCAAAGCUUUGUUUCCUUUUUAGUUUAGUUUGAGAUGAGUGCUGUAUGUGUGAUUUUCCUUCCCAGUUGUUUGGGCUACCUGCUUACUAUCCGUUCAUGUUGCCAGUGCUCAUAGGACAUUGGAAGAUUUUAUAAACACUACUGUAAUUACUGAUAAAUGAACAUUAAGUUCCCAUUUGGCUACACAGAGAUGUGUAGUGAAGGAAAUUUGUGUCUACUCUUUACUGGUGACCUCAAAUGAAAAUUUGUCAAAGCAUUGUGGAUCCAGACUGGUACCCCAGAUUAGUGCUCUUCAGUUUGAUGUUGGAUCCUGUUAUUUCACUUUGUAGGCUGGGAACACUGCAAAAAAAGUUUGUGUGUGUGGCGUAGGUUCUGUGCUCAAGAGUGACCUGUCUGCAUUAGGCAGCAGUGCUUAUGGGUCCAAGUGAGUCCUGUCUAGUCUCUGAUGGGAGAAGUGGUGGCUGUGAUGCAGGACUUUUGGACUGGGAAAUUUCAAGUGGGAGAAAAAUAGGGCUUGUUGUGAAACACGGAGAACUCUUCCACCCCCAGCCAAAAAAAGCAACACCAGUGGGCUAUUGCUUUUGUUUUUCUGAUCAUCUUUGCUUUAAAUCCUUAUCUUGAGCUGGAAUGAAUGUUUGUUUAACUAAAUGUAACAAACGCGGCAUUGCUAUAUGGCAUAUUUUGUUUAAUUAUUACUGGAUAUUUAGAUUUAUGUUAAUAGUUUACCUUCAGUUUAACAUGGGAGUCACUUCCCGAGGGAAACUGAGGGCAAUUUUUAAAAAUUGUUGAAUGUAUUAAUUUGAAUAGGAGGGUAAGUGAUUUUUUUGUGAUAUUCUAGAAAAACGUUCUACGCUAGCCGUGUUUGUAUGCCAAUAAAAGACUGUUUGUGUCAGAAAUAAUGAACUUGUUUUGUCUCCUAG